GUUCUUCGUGUGGAAGUUCUACAACGAGACGUGCAUUCCUCUGCUGCAGCACGCGCUCGCAGUUCCUGGGCGCCACCAGCAGCAGCAGCCGAGUACUCCGUCGCACGCUUGGUGGUUCCAGGAGAAGGCCAUCGUCCGCGCUGGCCGCCUCGCUGCUUCCAUGGCCGUCAUGCAGGCGAUGUUCCGUGCGACUGGCUUCUCGCUCGGCGACCUUGCAAGCCACUUGCGCAGGGUGCUGGCGUCGCUUGAGGCCAAAGCGCACACGGUCGGCUCCGAGGCUAUUCAGCUGAACCUGAUGACCCCGCACCCCUGCGUGCUCGGAGCCGUCAAUUCCUUGCUGGCGCAGGCGACGCAGCCCGCGAAGAAGCGCCGCAGUGGCGGCGGGCAUGGGGCCUCAGCGGCGUCGCAGGCGAGGUGA